AGGAAGAAGGCGUGACUACAGGCACACAACAAUAUUGAACUGCACCCAUGUCACAGAUCAAACCCAGUUUGAAUGCAUCGGACAUAAUAUUAAAGGAAACAACAAGUGCACGCUAUAACAAGUUUGUUGGAGCUAAGUUAUCCGAUGUUAGGCAGCAGAGGAAUAUGCAGUUUUUCUUUCUAUGCUGAAGAUCAACGCCUGUUCAACAACAACAAACUCGUGGACGUGAACUAGGAAACGGCCGAUACCUCUGUGUUAACCAUGACCGUCUGCUAGUUUUCCUGGACGAUUUCUUCUGGAUUAGUCUGUAAAAUCACCAAACGAGACGUCCUGCAUCGUGUUAGUCGACUAAAAGCAGCGCGUGGACAAGUCGGAAACUCGAGCGCCAUUGAAAACAAAGCUCCGACAAUCUGAGGCUGUUAGACACAAGUGCCUCUUGCACUACUGGUCCCCCCACCCCAGGCAGGUGUGACUCGUUCGUACGACGUCACAAAUGCGACCAUGGGAAGUAGCAGUGAGUAGGCGGCCAUUAACAGCCCCCUUAAACCAGAGGAGGGUCGUCGGGGAGCCUUGCAUCACACCUCUGCACCUCAGGAGAAGUCCUCCAGUACGACGUCAGUGGGGGCAGCGAGAUAUACCUGCUGUGCACACUUCCCUACAUCAGGAUGAGAACUUCCACCACCCUGUCUUCUCCCAGCAUCAGCAGAUUCCUUUAGAUGAGUCCAGGCAAUAUAGCCACACCGGUGCACCUCCACGCAUGCUGCAUACUGCCACACAACCCCCCCAACAGAGCUCCAUCAUGGUGGAUCUUCACGAACAGAUGCAUCAAGGAUCAGUUCCGAUAUCUUACACAGUUACCACGGUGACGACCCAUGGUUUUCCCAUCCACACCGGGCAACCUAUCCCAGCCUGCAAUGCUCAGCAGCUCCCAGCAUGCUCGGUAAUGUUCAGUGGACAGCUCUCUCUGCUCUGCUGCCUUCCUCCUCCACUCAUUCAGGCCUGCACCAUGCAGCACCUGCCUGUGUCCUAUCAGGCAUUUCCACCAUUGAUCUCCAGUGAGCAUUUUAUCCUGCACCCCAGCCCACCAGUGCCGCCCCACCAGCCUCAUCUGCCUCCACUCAACCAGUUUGUCCCCAUACAGCCCCAGCACCCGCGCAUGCCUCUGCAGAGGGUAGAGAAUGAAGUGGAUCUGCGAGGAGACCAGCAUCCGUUAGGAACAUUCUCUUAUCCUCCGGCCCACCAUCCACCAGCAAUGACCCCCUCCGUCCCCCUCCAGUACCUCCCCCAGGAGCCCCUCCAUCAAGAGCUACCCUACGGAGUGCCAUAUCCGCACAUGCUGCCGAGGCGUAUAACUGGACAGAGGUAUCGAUUACAGCAGCCUCUGCCUCCCCCACCCCCUCCACCGCCCUACUACCCUGGCUUCUUACCAUACUUCCUUUCGAUGCUUCCUGUGCCUCCAACAGCUGUGGGUCCUGCUAUCAGUCUGGACUUGGAUGUAGAUGAUGUGGAGAUGGAAAACUAUGAGGCGUUAUUAAACCUUGCUGAGAGACUAGGAGAAGCGAAACCCCGAGGACUAACGAAAGCUGAUAUAGAGCAACUUCCGUCCUACAGGUUCAAUUUAGAAAACCACCAAUCUGAACAGACUCUAUGCGUUGUAUGCUUUUGUGAUUUUGAGUCAAGGCAGCUACUUCGAGUAUUACCCUGCAACCAUGAAUUUCAUGCAAAAUGUGUGGACAAGUGGUUAAAGGCCAAUCGCACCUGUCCAAUCUGUCGAGCCGACGCAUCUGAAGUUCACCGCGAUGUGGAAUGAGUUCAGGUUUUUGUCCUUCACUGGAAAACAGCACAAAUCCUUGAGUGUGUUCUGUGAGUGGGGACACCUAAUCUCCAGCCAAACGCAAAUCUACCCCCCACCCUGCUCCCAACCCCACCUCUACAAUAAGCAAUCUCGGAAUUUGUACGGAACCUGUUUUACCUCUGCUGUUCGUCAUUGUGUGAGUUUCAUGAAAGCUACUGCCGCCUAUAGCCACUUCGGAGUUCUGGAAUUGUGACCGGGUUUUUUUUUUUUUGGGGGGCGGGGGGUUCUUUUCAUCUUUCUUUUUGCAUUACCCUGCCCUUGUUUCGGAGAUUCCAAAGAUAACCUGUAAUACGUGUUGUGUUGGCAUAUUCGUUUACACAAUUGAAUAUUCUCUAGUUGUUUGAUCACAGAUAAUUAAAGUUGUGCUUUAGCGUUGUUAGGGACUGGGGGAGUGGGCCUGAUGGUGGUUUUUGGCUUUACUGUGCAAUCAGACGAGUCCGUAGGAAGCGGCUGCUCCGCCGGUGAACAACCAUCAUAGAUGCAUGUCUGUAUAAGUGACGGGCUGAGGGACUUGUGGGCUGAGGGACUUGUUAAUAAUCUAUGUUUUGCAAUAAUGUAUUGAUCAUUUGAAUAUCUUAAUCCCGAUUCUCUUUUAUCUGCGAAUGCUGUUGUGAAGGUGUGACUUUCAGUGGUUCAGAGUUCCAAGGCCUGAGGUUAAAGAGGGAAACGUAGACAAAAAGGACUGCGAAACGACAGCCGUGAAUCCAUCGGGAAAACUCCCGCUGGGCUUUCACCACAGUCGUAGAGACAUUGAGGAAGCCGUGGCGUUUUUUCGCUUUUGCUGUUUGCUGGCGAGGCCAAUCGGACUGGCCCAUGAGAACACAGGGACGAGGACAGCACACUGCCUCUGCCAGCUCCCACCUGGCUGCACUGCACAACCCCCAUCGAUUCUGGAUUCCGCUCCCUCACACUCAGCUAGAUCCAGGAGAACAUCUCACGGGCCUCGCGCUGACUGUUCUUUUAGACUAGCAAUAUUUGAAUUUACGAGAUCCACCGCAUUUCAGCCACAAGAGGAACGUCGGACGGCCUCCGUCUCGCCAUUCUCACGUCUGGAGGCCGAGGAGCUCGCAUUCGCCUGUCCAGAAUGACUUUUUGGGAAAGGGUGGAACACUUUGCGGAAAGCAAUACGUGCAAUGAGCGUGUGAAGUGAACGCAACGUUUGACCUGAUUUUGGAGGACUAGGCUUUUUGUUUUUCCUCAUUUGUGAGCCAAAUAAUCAAUAUACUCUACAAGAUUUUAGCUCUGCCUUCUCAAGACCUUGACAAGCACAAACCUGUUACUAAUCUUCAGACAUCCUUUGUCAGUUCCUCUUUUAAAAGUAUGCGUUUUUUUUAAGUGGUGUUAUUUAUUUCUUCUUUCGCGAGAGUUUGUGAAGGAUUCGGUCGGAAUGCUAAAACAUCUUUAGCGCGUUUUAGUUUGCCUCCGGUUGUCAGGUCUCAGGCCAUGUUCACAGUGUAAAGUGAUGUGAAAGAAAGAAAAAAAAAACAUUGUAUGCAUAGCCUUGGUGUGAA